AUGCUGGAUUCGCUCACACACUAUCUCCAUGAACGACGACGAGGAAUGACUAGGGCCGCGGGGUACGUGGGUGCGGCGUAUCUGAUCACUCAUUACGUCCGUGAGCGCCUGGACGACAUCCGCACCGCCGUACUACAAGACCGGCUCGCCCGCGAGAACCUUCGCAAGCGAUUCACGCAAAAUCAGGAAGAUGCGGCCUUCACUGUCAUGACGCUGCUCCCUACUCUGGCACACCAUGUUCUGACAGGUAUGGACGUAGAGGGCGUUACUCAGGAACUACAAGCACUGUCUCGGCCACCACGCGUUCCGCAUCCUGAGCGCAACCUACUACCACCGCCUAAGUCGAGCCUUGCAUCCAGCGUGGAGCUGUUACAAGACGGUCGCUCAGAAGAUGGGUCUGUCUCCAUCUCUGGCGUGUCUUCAAUACCCGGAGACAGUGCCUUCUCUGACCUUUCAGUUUCUUCAAGUAGCUGGGUGGACCAGUUCUCCUCCGUACAGUCGUCGCAUGCCUCGAGAGAACCAUCAUUGAGCAUACCAAAUCCACCAGUCUCUGAACAUGCACUACGCAUAAACUCGCCGACGUUGAAUGGUGGCGCGGAACUUUCUGACUCCGUCACGACGACAAGUUCGGCAUCGAGCGCGGCGCAGGCUACGUCUAAGUCGUCUCUUCCAGAAAGCGUUCUCUCGGACACCAUGACCUCCGUGACGAGGACCAAGGCGGAACUCUGGCGAGAAGUCAAACUACUAAGUGCGCACACUUCUUACCGCACGCAUUUACGGAGUAGGCUCAACUGGUCUUCCCCAGCAUUUACUCGCACUCUAACCGUCAUUUACUCCGUAACCCUUCUCUCCCUCUUCACACAUAUUCAGUUAAAUAUCAUCGGCCGUGCCAAGUACAUUCAAUCCGUGAUGCAGCUCGAGCAGGACGAGCGCAUGCGCGAAGACCUCGAGUCGGCGUCAAUAUUGUCACUGUUCUGGGCCAACGGCGACGAUGGUGACGACGCGGCACGGCCAGGGGAAGCGGAGGCGAUCGCCGAGGACACAGAACGCAAAUAUCUAACCCUCAGUUGGUGGAUCCUCCAUGUUGGAUGGAAGGACGUCGGCGAACGCGUGCGCAGGGCGGUCGAGGAGGUGUUCGAAGGAGUGUCGCUAAAGACCAAGCUCGGGAUCGUAGAUGUUCAUCGUCUGAUCAGUGACGUCCGGCGGCGCGUCGAGUAUGAAGUGACGUUCGAAGGGAAGGAGCGGCGGAUAAACUUCAUGUCUACGCUCCUCCCACCAACGCCGGAAACGCUGCAGCAUGUAUUGACGCAAGGCGGGAUCCCACAGCGCUCUGCCAUAGCACCGGACGCGCGUUUCAGCGAGCUGAUCGCAGAAAUGCGUACAUAUCUGCACUCUGCGUCGUUCGCACGCGUUCUCGAGGUCUCGCUUGACCACACAACCGAGGUGCUGCUCGUGGGGGUGCAGAAACAUGUCUUCGGAGACGCGCCUGGUGGGAGCGAGCGGCUUGCGGCAAUGCUGCCUGGCCUAGCGAGGUGGUGCCACCUCGCACUGGAGGGACUGCCGAACGGGCUCGUCGAUGGUCUGGCAAGUUUGAGGGAGGUGGAGGCAUUAUCUGCAAUAAUUUACUCGGACUAUGCUGAGCGACUGCGGUAA